AUGUUGUCAAGGGCGGCUCGUCCGGCUCUCCGUGCUGCGGCCACAGCUCCUGUGCGAGCUACCGCUAGCCCCAAUGGAGCUGCCACCUACGCGACUCUUCGUGAAAUCGAAGGACGGCUCAAGUCUAUUCGUAACAUCCAGAAGAUCACCAGUACAAUGAAGAUCGUUGCCUCGACCAAGCUUACUCGCGCCCAGCGUACUAUGGCCGAAUCUCGCAAGUAUGGUGAAACCGCCAAUGAGGUCUUCGAAGCCGCCGAGACUGUUGCUCCCGAAGUUGAACAGAAGAAGAGCCUCAUCAUCGUCUGCUCUUCCGACAAGGGUCUCUGCGGUGGUGUUCACUCUGGUCUCAGCCGACGCAUCCGUGCCCGUGCCAACGAAGUUGCCGAGCCUUUCGACCUCGUCAUCAUUGGCGAAAAGUGCAAGGCUCAGCUCCAGCGAACCAACGCCGCUGGCAUCCAGCUCUCGUUCGCCGGUGUUGGCAAGGACAUUCCUACCUUUGCUGAUGCGCAGGCCAUCGCCGACCAGAUCACCAUGCUGCCUACUGAAUACACCGACGUUAAGAUUAUGUACAACAAGUUCAUCAACGCCCAGACCUAUGAACCUACCUUGAUUGAGGCAUUUUCCGAGGAUGCGAUUGCCCAGUCCCCCAACAUCUCCGCUUUUGAGGUCGAUGAGGAUGCUUUGAUCAACCUCCGUGAGUACAGUCUCGCCAACAACCUGUACUGGGCUUUGGCCGAAGGCCACGCCUGUGAGAUCUCUGCCCGACGAAACGCUAUGGACAAUGCUUCCAAGAAUGCUGGUGAGAUGAUCGGCAAGUACCAGAUUUUGUACAACCGAACCCGACAGGCUGUCAUUACCGGAGAACUGGUCGAAAUUAUUACUGGUGCCACCGCCUCGGAGGACAUUCAAGAUACCAUCGAUAGGGCCAAAGCCGCCAAUGUAGAACUCCUUUCAUCAGACCUCGCUCUAGUAAAGCAAUGCCCGGUAAUUCUCUCAGUUGUGCCGCCUCGGGAUGCGGAAGCCACAGCGCAGCGCAUUACAGAUGCCUUGACAGGAGGUUCCGCAACCGACUCUGUAUUAUUCCUAGACUUGAAUGCUGUUUCUCCCUCAACAGCAAAGGGUAUGGCGCGCAUGUUCGAAAGGGCCCGGGUUCCCGUAAAGUUCAUUGACGGAUGCAUUCUCGGCGCACCACCACGGCCAAGAGAAGUAGCUGGUUCUGCAACGGAUUCUUUGAAGAGCAACGAUCAAGAUCCGGAAUGGAGACGCCCGAAUAUUCCAAUUUCCGGACCUCAUGAUCUGUCGACACUAGAACCUGGUGAGAAACUUGCCGAAGUGCUCAACUUGCGGUCUAUUUCGCCGGAUAUUGGUGCUGCGAGUGGCCUCAAGAUGUGUUUCGCUGCUAUUGCAAAGGGCUUCACAGCACUGGCUACACAAUCAUUUACUACUGCUCAUCAGCUGGGAGUAGUAGACGAACUGAAGAGGCAAAUGGGCGAGAUUUUACCAACCCAUUUGGCUACUGCGGAGAGAAGUGUGCCGGAUAUGCCGCCCAAGGCAUAUAGAUGGGUGAGGGAAAUGGAAGAAAUCUCAGACACAAUGCAUGAAGAGGGAGGGUGGACAAAGGAGUUGUUCCAGGGGAUAGCUGGGGUGUACAAGUCCGUGGCAGAGGACGCGGUACUUGGGAAGGAGAAGAUCGGGAAAAGAGUGAGAGGGACGAGUGUCGAGGAUGUGGCGGAGGCCCUGGGAGAGGGUUUGGAGAGAAAGAGGAAAAAGAUGGAAUAA